CCCUAUUCACUCUGAGCUUAAGUAAUUUUUUUUUUCAAAAAAGGUUUUUUAAAAAUGUUUUUUAGAUACUUCCAAAAGGCAAAGGAAAGCCUUUAUAAAGAACAACAAUUCUUCCACUUCACAAUAUCAUGUAUUGCUUUGUCUGUGCCAUAAAAUCUCUCCUUAAAAAGUGUAGCCCUGUGUAUUUGAAAAUGUAGAUUAGGGUUUUCUAGUGUUUAAUAUUUAUCACAAGAAAGCCAAAGGUUGAGGAAGUAGAAAUACCAGGUAAUAGCAAGUAAUUUGUUUUGGUGUAUUGUAUAUGCAGCACCCCUCUCUCCUGGGGAAUGUGCACAAAAUAACUUAGAGUCCGAGUCCAUGAAAGCCCACUUUGGUUGGCCCAGCUUCGGGCUUAUAGCCUCUCCAGGAUGACUUCAAAGCACAAUGCCACUUCAAACAGACCUGAGAGUCAGCUGAACUGCUUGCUCUCACUCUCUCUCUCCCUCACACACACUCACCUUUACAUAAACCGAAUGGGUUUAUGUGCAGGAUUUCUUGUUUUCGGUACGCACACCCGAGCUGCUGGGCGUAUUGGGAGCCGAGGGAUCAGUUAGGAUAACGGAAAUUCUGUUUGGGAAAGAGAGGAUGACUCAUUGAACGCACCCACACAAAAGCCAAAGUAAAGCCAUGGGAUCUAGGCACAGUGUGUCGCCUCUCAGCAAUUACUAUUGAAGCCUCAACGUUUUUGGGCAAGACACUGAGCAGUUGUCCUGUAAUAUUUCACAAAUUACAACAGGUGUGCUCCUAAAGUAUUAGUGGAAGCCAAUGCAAAUGGUUAAGUCUUUCACGAAUGUGCUUUACAACAGCACUAUGAGUGGUUAAAAUGACAAUAUCGAAAACCAGCAGCAUUUUUUACUCAUUUUGUCUUUUUGUUGUCACAAACUUCAAUGUACUUUAUUGGCAUUUUACAUAAUAGUCCAACAUAAAAUAUUGCUGAAUUGUGAAGUGGUAUGAAAGCAAGACAUGAUGGGUUAGGUGUUUUUGUUGUAUUUUUUUUUUUUUUUUACAAAAAUUUAAAGAAUAGCAUGCCUUUGCAUCACGCGGAUCAACUCAAAACUUUGAAAAAACAUCACCUUCAGUUGCAGCUUUAACUCUUUUUGUAUAUACCUCUACCAGCUUUUCACAUCGAGAUCAAGAUUUGAUGAAGAUAUUUGUGAACAUCAGUUUUCAAGUCUUACCACAUAUUCUCUAUUGGAUUUAGGUAUGGGCUUUGACUGGGCCAAACCAAAACCUAAAUUGUAGGACUGGUGUGUUUAUGGUUGUAGCCCUUAAUGUGUUUUCUUCCAGGAUUGUUGGAAGUGUGAAGACCUGUGGGUAUGUGAAUGUGUAAACUCGAGAGUGCAACUUCUUGUGUUGGAUUUUAUUUAGGGGUGUCAGAUCAAAGGGUCCAAAUGGACACAUGUAAUCCACACUAACCAGAUUUACAUUAUUUUAAAAGCCAUCUAAGCCUUCCACUCUGCAGUUGAUCGGUGAGAUAAAAUCCUAAUGAUAUUCACUGAUGAUUGUGGUUGUAAAAUGGCAAAAUGUGGAAAAAUCUGAAAUGGAUUUAAUUGAAAAAUUUGCAAUUUUUUUUUUCUCUUCUGGUGCAGCAGUUUCCUCCUCUUCUUUUCUCAUCUCACUCAUCUCUCACUGUGUUAUUUUACAGGCGGAGAAGGUGCUGCUGGAGAUGCAGGACCCCUGCACAGGAGUGAAGUCGCAGCCUCAGAGACUCGUUAUCACCAUCAUACCCCAUGCUAUCACUGGUGAAGAUAUAAUUGCAUGGUUAGCUGACAGAUUUCAAAUAGAUGCUCAAGAGGCCAGAAGCUUUGGCUCCAUGCUGGUGGCCUUGGGAUACAUCUACCCUUUGCAGGACCACAAACGUUUAGUGAUCAAACCAGAUGCUUCUCUCUAUCGCUUCCAGACGCCGUAUUUCUGGCCCACACAACAGUGGCCUGUUGAGGAUACAGAUUAUGCAAUCUACCUAGCAAAAAGAAACAUCCGGAAGAAAGGAAUCCUGGAGCUGCAUGAGCAGGAGCAGUACAACCAUCUUCACAAGUGGAUGAACCACAAGUGGGACUUUGUAGUAAUGCAAGCUAAAGAACAGUACAGAGCAGCAAAAGAGAGGAAGAAACCGGACCGGGUGGUGUUUGACUGCCAGGAAAGAGCCUACUGGGUUGUUCACAGACCCCCGCCAGGGACUGUGAGUGCCAUGGACUACGGGCUGGAUCGAAGAACAGAUCCUAAUACAGACGAGACACAAACACCUGACUACUACGAGAGAAUUAUGAUCUUCACCCAGCAGUCCAUCAUGAGGCCCAGAGUGAAGUCAUCUGUGUCCAUCGGCGCACUGGUGAAGUACAGCGCCACCUAUAGCGGUCACGACCCUUUUCUCUCCAAGUGUCUUCCCAGCAACCCGUGGCUCACUGACGACACGACAUACUGGGCCUUGAACAUGUCUAACGUGGAAAUACCCACCAAGAUGCGUGUAGAGAGGUGGACGUUCAGCUUCAAAGAGCUUCUCUCAGAUCCUCGAGGACGAGAUGAUUUCAGACUCUUCUUGAAGAAAGAAUUCAGUGGUGAGAACUUGGCAUUCUGGGAAGGCUGUGAAGAUCUGAAGUGGGGAACUGCUGUCGCGAUGAGAGAGAAAGCAGAGCAGAUCUACAAGACAUUUUUGGCACGUGGCGCCCCGCGAUGGAUCAAUAUUGAUGGAAAAACAAUGGAAAUCACAGUGAAGGGUUUGAAGCACCCACACAGAUACGUUCUGGACGCAGCCCAAACUCACAUCUACAUGCUGAUGAAGAAGGACUCAUAUGGGCGGUACCUAAAAUCUCCUGUGUUUAAAGAAACCUUAAAGAAAGCCAUCUGUCCCGAAGAGCACAAAUUCAAUGAAGUCCAGUUGGAGCAGAACGCCAGGAACAGACGGCCCAGUCUUAGCCCCAUCAUCAUCCGGCAGCAGGAGCAGGAGCAAAGGGCCAAGAUGGCCGCCAACGCCCCGGUUGACAUUACACAGCUGUGCCGAUUUACCACUCCCGUCCCGCACCUCGCUGUCUACACUGGAAUCCCUGACCCACCUUCUGUCACCGCCUCGCCCUCCCUCCCUUUCCUCGCCCACACCCCAGUCUGUCCGUCCCCAAUUAGCGUGGCCUUAGACAGCACCUCGGCUUCUGAGCGGCGGAUGGAGGCCAGUGACGGUGAGGGCAACACAGAAGUUCGGGCCCCUGAGGGGGGAAACUUGUCCAAGUCUCGAAUGGCCCUGUCGCUGCGCCGACUGCUGAAGAGAGGCUGCAGCCCCUCCACCAUGUUCGCCAGCCUGUCGCCCAAAUGCCACACGGCGGCCACAACAAGUAGCCGCAUUCAGCCCAUCACACCAGAUGAGGCCAGCCAGGCUCCACCCAGAAGAAUCGGCAACUUCUUCCAGAUCAAAGUAGACAUUCCUCCCGAGUGCCGGAUCUACCCCAUUGAGUCUGAGGACGAGGAUGAGGAGAACAGGCCUGCAUCUCGGGACGCGGUGGGAACAGAGGAGAUCAUUUGCCCCUGGGAGAGUCUUACUCGACAGAACGGGACAGGAUGAUUGGCUGGAUUCAUACAGGUGCAACGCCACAGGACUUUUAGGGUGGAACAUGUAACACAAAUACCAAACAACAUCAAGACCUGCAAGAAUCUCUCAGUCUGGGACACCAAAUGACAAAAACCCUUCAGCAUCUGACCGCCUGCUGCUUUGAAAGGUCGUUGCAGAGCUGUUCUAUUGCUUACCCCGUUUUCUGUCAAACACCAUGACAAAAGUAGCUGCGAAACAGAAAUGCUGGUGAAAUUUUAAAAGGUAAAUUUUUGUUUUCAAAACGAGGAUUUAUUGGGGUUCAGUCGCCUGGUCCUGGAGUGUUUUGUCAACUUGAAAGAGGCAUUUUGUAGGGAGGCUGCAGAAGUGGGGGUGGUCAAGAUCAGUCCCAAACCGUGUCCACAAUCUGAACACAAAGACCAAACAGUUUUCCAGACCCAGCCAGGUCUGUCUUUUGUCCCCAAUCCUAUUUCUGGUGUUCAUGGACUGGAUGCAUGACUUAGUCUCGUCUUUGCUUGUUCAAGCCAGGACCUCCAAGUCAAGAGACAGCUCCUGUAUGUCUAAUCCAUGGGUCUCAGUAAGAAAAUGAUGGAUUAAUCUUCCAGGGCAGAGUCUGUCUAUUCCUCUAGAGGCGGAUGGGAGUGUUACUCUUGUCUGUUGUGGUGAAAAAAAAGAAAAAAAUCUCCUUUUUUAUUUAAUAACCAUUUACAUUCCAAUCUAAAGCAGUCUUAAAAAUAAGGUAAGAAGCUUUGUCUUUAGGGAGGAGAUUAGAGCAGAGCUGCAGCUCUUCUACAUUGAAAAAAAGAGUCUGUUGACGUGGUUUGGCUAUCUGAUUAUGAUUCUACCAGGACACCUCCCUUUGGCAACGUUUCAGCCAUGUCCCACUGGGAGAAGACAAUGGAUGGAUGCAUUUUGCCUUUCAACAAAAGCAGAGCUAAGCAGCUCACAUGGUUUAGGUCCACAAGACGUAAAAAGUCUGUCUAAAAGUGUUCCUUUAGUUACAGCCUUACCGUACAGGACUGAUGUGAGCCCCAGCGGAGCUCAGGCUGGAGGAUGGUUUUAACAAGAGUCACUCCAGAUGGGGACAGCAGAGUUUACCAAAGUUCAAGCGCUUUCACAGCUUGAACUUUAGCUUUCAUGCUGGAACCUUACUCUGCAUCUCAAGAUGAACUGAAGCCCAACAGCAGCCUUAAACCACAUCUCAGUUUAACCUCGAAACUUUCAAUAAAGCAAGACAAAGACAUCCAAGGUGUUAUUUUCAGAAUAGCAAGGAUAAAGAAGUCAAAAGCAUAGAGUACAAAGAUAGACAUACAUUCACUGACAUCGUUGUGGGUGUAAAGGAACAUUAAUUCAACAAGUAACUAAAUCUGAAACCCUCGGCGGAGAAUAACCAAAGCAGACGGAGACCUGUAGACUCUGCUUCCACAUGCUUGUUCGGAUGUUUCUAUAUACUUACUAAUGUAGAGACGUUUUCUUGUUCUGCAAGAUAGAUUUAGAAGCCCCUGUCUAUUAAAUUAUCUAUUUUGUGAAAAAACAACAACAACAACAACAAAAAACUGAGCCAAACCAGUUUGGGGUAAAGUGGGAACACAGGGACAGCUUGUACAAAAAGAUAUACAAGCUGUCAUAUAAAAAGUUACACCCUCUUUUAAUCCUAGGGUUAUAAAUAAUCUGGUCUUCAUCAGGUUUUAAAAUGAUAAAUCUAACCUCAAGUGUAUAAAAACAGACAACAGCUUCCAUACUGCCACUAUUUAAUAAGCAAAGAUCAAGUCUAAAACGGAGAAGCUGUGUGUGGAAAAAUAAACAAAUAGGAGUUAGAUUUUCUCAUUUGGUUAUGGAGGAAUUUUGGCCCCAUUUUUCUUUGCGACAUUGAUUUUGUUGUUUGAAGUUUUCAGAUGUUUGUAUCUGCACAGGUUUCUUAGAGUAUCACCACAUUAUUCUGCCUUACGAUUCAGUAUACAUCAACGAUUCAGUUGUAGAUUUGCUGGAAUGUUAAGGAUCAUUUUUGACUUUUGAUGGCCCAGUUUAUUCUAAACUUCAAACAGGUCUAAUCUUUGACUCUAGACUUAUUUGGUUGGAGAAGAGUUUGUGUUUGACUCAGUGGUUUUGAAGUGCAAAACAGGUCUAGGCCCAUAUUAUCACACUUCAACUAUGCUUGACAGUUUUUUUUAUGAGAAUAUUGUGCAUUCUGGUUUACACACAUUGUAUCCUCAAUAGGGCCUUUCAGGUAAUAGUUUCUACAAGAAAGGUUUGACCUGCAAACCCCUGUUUAUGAAUACUUUUGUCAUUCAUAUAGCACAGGCUGAUCUUGCAAGACAAACAGGUAGAUGUUGUGUUCCAGAGCAUGAUGUUGGAGUUGUUGCUCAAAUAAUCACUUCUCCAUCACCAUGUAUUUGAUAGAAAAUGAAAUGAACAUCUCUCACAAGAUUGAGUUCUUCCACUAUAGUGGAAUUAGCUCCAAGUCUUUGAUGUGCGAUAGAAUCCCUGUCUUCAUCUUAGUGUUUAACUUUUAGACGAAUCCCAUUUGAUUCAGGUGUAUUCGAGAAGGGAUGCAUCUAGAAGUUGCAGGCGAGUAGCUCCUGAAAGUUGGACAUGUCAUGCUGCUUUUUUCAUUCAACACUCUCAAGGAAGCUAUAGAUGUUCCCUUUUAUUCUUGCUAUUCUCUCAUGAAUUUUCACAUUCAAAAUUUUCACUGAGGCUUAUAUGGAGCUCUUAGGUUUUGGGCUCUUCUGCGUUUGACCAGCAACUUUUAAGAUAUAUCUUAAAAGUUUUUUCCACUUGGGUGUAAUCGCUCUCUCUUCAGAAUGAUGGAGUUCUUAAUGUUUGGAAAAGGCUUUCUGACCCUUCCCAGACUGAUGGACAGUCAUUACGGAUGUUUUUCUGCCUCGGCAUCUGCAUUGCAGAAACUCCUGCUUUUGUAGCAAUUGUGGUAAUCAGUAAAUUUAAUUGCAUCUUACUGACCCUUUUCCUUUUCACCUCCAUGGACGCAGCAAAGGUGUACUUAGUUUUUCAAACACUGAUUUCAUUUUUGGAUGCAUUUGUUUCAUAAAUGACAAUGCCGAAUCUGGUGUGUCUUCUUACAACCCUAGAUUUAAAAGAGGGUGCUCUUUCUUUUUACCCAGGAGGAUGCAGGUUGUAGUUUUGUAUUUGGCUCCACUGCUGUUUUGUACCCUCUGUGUAGCUGUUGUGUACCAAACACCAAACAGAUCGAGAUGUUUAUGGUCUCUUCUUUUGGGGAGGGACAGCAGAACAUGAUCUAACUAACUGAAUGUAUUAUCUUUAUCAUGUUUACAGAUGCAAAAAUGUGAAAAGUACCUUGAAUUUGUUGUAUCUGAUAUGUACAUUCCAUAGUUAGUGUCAAGUGCCUCAAUAAAAAAAGUGUCUUUUCAACAGUU